UGAUUGUUUUGCUCUUUAUGUAGCUGUUUUUUUCACCAUAGUGUUUAUAGCUGGUGUUUGUUUCCAGAGGCCAAACCUCCCUCCACUCCCUCGCAGAAUUCUGCUGACGGAACAUUUUACACAAGCUUCAGAAAAAGAACAGAACAUUACAGUCCGAUUUAAUGUGUUUACUAGAGAACGCCUCAAAAGAACUGUCUGUAUGUUUCAAUAUGUAAACAUUGAGGAGAGAUGUUUGGAAGAUGGAAUGCAAAAUCAUGCCGGCAGACACCAUAAUCGCAGAGCUUUUAACAGAGCUCCAUCAACUCAURAAGCAGACGCAGGAGGAGCGGUCGCGCAGUGAACACAACCUGCUCAACAUCCAGAAAACACACGAGAGGAUGCAGACUGAGAACAAGACCUCCCCUUAUUACCGGACUAAGCUGAGGGGACUCUACACCACAGCCAGAGCAGACGCUGAGGCAGAGUGCAGUAUUCUUCGUCAUGCCCUCGACAAAAUUGCAGAGAUCAAAUCCUUAUUGGAGGAGAGGCGAAUAGCGGCUAAGAUGGCAGGGGUGAACAGCGACAAUGACCCCCCCAGGAAGACCAUGCGGAGGGGGGUGCUGAUGACACUGCUCCAACAGUCAGCCAUGACGCUCCCGCUGUGGAUCGGCAAGCCAGGAGACAGUCCUCCUCCCCUGUGUGGGGCGAUGCCAGCCAGCAGUGACUACGUGGCCAAGCAGGGGGACAAGGUGGCAGCGCGGGUCAAGGCCGUGGAUGGAGACGAACAGUGGAUCCUGGCCGAGGUGGUCAGCUACAGCCACUCCACCAACAAGUACGAAGUGGAUGACAUUGAUGAGGAAGGAAAAGAGAGACACACCCUGAGCAGGCGGCGUAUCAUCCCCCUGCCCCAGUGGAAGGCCAACCCAGAGACGGACCCGGAGGCCCUGUUCAGUAAAGACCAGCUGGUGCUGGCCCUCUACCCCCAGACUACCUGCUUCUACAGAGCCCUCAUCCACACACACCCACACCGGCCCCAGGACGACUACUCAGUGCUGUUUGAGGACACGUCGUACGCAGACGGCUACUCCCCGCCCCUCAACGUAGCUCAGAGAUACGUGGUGGCCUGCAAAGAGAACAAAAAAAAGUAAAGAAGAGAAGAGGGAGUCAGUCGAAAUCAAGGGGACUGAAGAUGCUGUGUAGACAAGUGUUCCAAGACAAGUGUUUCCAACCACCCCUCUCCCCAGAAUAACAAUGGGUUCCAUACCCUAGCCACACGUAUGGACACACUGAGGGCAGGUUUGGGCAGCUAUCUGUGAGGCUCAGUCAAUCUAGGGAGUUGUAUUGAUAUCCAACGGUGUGUUAUUAUGGCUCAUCUGUUUGAUCAUUGUGAGACGUGCAGGAUGUUCUGUGCUCUGUUCUGUCUGUAUUGGCCUGGUGGUGACAUGACUAUGCUUCUUGUGGAACGGGCUAUGCUGCAUGUGUGAUGUAAAAAUAAAAUAAAAACGUUAACAAAAAAAUUUGUUUUUUAAAUUUGGAUGUUGACUAUGGACACUGAGUAAGAAUAAAUGUUUUUUAUAUACAGUACCA